GGGGAAAGCAUCAAAAGGCCAAUCAGAACGCGGUGCGCGGCUCGAGGGGCGGGGUCAGGGCGCGGCGCAUUCACCCACUAACACAAAUAGCGGUGUGUGGUCGUGGGGCGGUAACGGGGCGGGGAUUUAGGGGCCGUUAUCCAAUCGCGUUUCGGGAUUUGUUAGAUUGACAGGAGAAUAAACGAAUCAAAAUACAGGAAGCACAAACCGGCAGACAUGACGGUACGAAAUGACAGCCCCAAUCCUAUUGAUCAGCAGAAGCAAUUAAUGGCGAAAUGAACCAAUCAAACUCUUGGGCACAGAUUUAGAGGCGGAGAUUACGCUGUCGCCCAUUCACGGACUCUGUUUUGGUAAAAGUGGGCGGUUCCGCCCUCAGCCAAUGGGAAGGAGCCUCCGCCGUGCCGGAAGUGACGCUGCUGUACCGGGCUCGGUACCGGGCCCGCGCCAUGGAGGCCUGGGUGCGCUUCAGCGCCCAGAGCCAGGCCCGGGAGCGCCUCCUCAGGGCCGCCCAGUACGCCUGUGUCUUGGCCGGGGCCGCGCUGAGCCGCUCCGGGGGCAGCUCCGGGGGCAGCUCCGGGACCCUGAGCCGGCUGCAGCACCUGGAGGCUCACCUGAGCCUGGGCCGCAAGCUGCUGCGUUUGGGGGGCUCGGCUGAGGCUCUGGGGGGGGCCCAGCGCUCGCUGCACCUCCCCGACCCCGUGCUGCGUUUCUGCCUCACCCUGUCCCACCUGAACCGGGCUCUGUUCCUGGCCUGUGACAACGUCCUGUGGGCUGGGAAAACCGGGAUCCUGCCCGGCCUGGCCAUGGAGAAGUGGAGCCAGAGGUCCUUCAGGUAUUACCUGUUCGCCCUGGUGGUGAACCUCAGCAGGGACGCCUACGAGAUCCGCCUGCUGCUGGAGAGAGCCGAGGCCGCCCGCAGGCGAGGGAAGAGCCCGGAGAGCCGAGCCCAGCUGCAGGCUGAGAGCAGGGGGCAGCACCUCCGCCUGCAGCUGCAGCUCCAGCUGCAACUCCUGCUGCAGGUGCUGAGGGACAACCCCCCGGUGCUGCUGGACCUGCUGAGGAACGCCUGUGACCUGCUGAUCCCUCUGGAGAAGCUGGGGCUGUGCAGGAGCAGCCCUGCAGUGCUGGGGUUCUGCGGGCUCGCCUCCUCCCUGCUCUCCAUCAUCACCAUCCUGCACCCCUGGCUCAAGCUGAAACCAUGAUUUUCUUGGGAAUUUUGGGGAUUUUGGGGGGUUGUGGCACCUCUGGAAGUGACUGGCUGGUGCCAUUCCCAUCCUUGGAGCCAGAAAGUUCCAGCAUUGGAUCCCACAGGGACGUUUGGGGUUUUUUUCCUAUUGACAUUUAGGGAAAAAAUCGGGGUUCAACGUUCCCCCUUUCAGUUUGGGAAGAGCCUUUCAUGUGGAGCAGCUAAUGGGAAUAUUUGGGGCUGGAAAAUGGGGAUUUGGGGGUGGAAAAAGUAGAUUUGGGGUGGAAAAUGUGGAUUUGGGGCUGGAAAAUGUGGAUUUGGGGGUGGAAAAUGUGGAUUUGGGGUGGGAAAUGUGGAUUUGGGGUUGGAAAAUGUGGAUUUGGGGCUGGAAAAUGUGGAUUUGGGGUGGAAAAUGUGGAUUUGGGGCUGGAAAAUGUGGAUUUGGGGUGGAAAAUGUGGAUUUGGGGUGGAAAAUGUGAUGUUCUGGGGUCUCCCCUCCUCCCUGCUCUCCUUCAUCACCAUCCUGCACCCCUGGCUCAA